AUGCCAAAUUCAUCCAAAGCGGUACUCAACGGUGUACUCAAACCAAAAGAUACCCUUACCCCGCACGAACUCUUAAGACUAGACCUACAAGCCGAAGGGUUCAACUUUGGUGGUGAAGGAAUCAGUCACUGGAGUAUGAAAAGUAAAAAUACUACUAGAGAUGGAGAUGUCAAUAUGAUUGAGGAAGAAGAAGGUCCCAGUAGACCAUCACAUUACGAAGGUGCAAGAAGAGCUGAUGAAUAUUGGUUUCAAACCAAAGGGGUGAAGUUGGUUGAAUCCGAGCAUGAAGUCAACUUGUCGUCGACUCCGACUCAAACGCCCGCCACUGCCACCGCCACCCGAGGUGGGUCUACCAAAGUGACUAGCGCUCAAUCACUUUGGGCAACAAUCCCUUCAGAACGCCAACAAUCCAUAAAAGAAAGGUGGACUGCCAAUUCGGCCGAUACAUAA